AUGGCAUCAACCCCAAAGUUUUCCACAGUCUUAACCUGGGUUCUCUACUUGAUCCCAGUGUAUAUCUUCAUUCUCGACCCGCUAGUGCGCGGAUUCUUCCCGAGCCUGCUGGCACCGCCCAGGGACAGCGACGACAUCUUCGACGAGUCCAGCGCCCCAGGACCAGGCAUCAACCUCACCGACGACAGCUUCAUCAGCCCCGAAGAUGGCGUACCAUUCAACUGCCCCAGCGCAGAGGGGUACCGCGUGCAUCUUCUCUCUCACGAACCGCUGAUCAUAUACAUCGAGAACUUCAUCUCAGAGACUGAAGCGAAUCACAUACUAGACAUGAGCGUGAAUAAAUACACCCCUUCAAUCGUCUACGACGGCCAAACAGAACGAAUAGACCCAACAAAGCGCCUCUCCGACCGUGCCCUCCUCGACCGCGACGACACAGUCCGCUGCCUGGAGGACCGCGCUCGCGCCUUUCAGGGCUGGCGUCCAGACCUAUACAUCGAGCGAAUGUGGGCGCAGCGCUACAAUGCCUCCGGCCACUAUCGCCACCACUAUGACUGGGCCGGGUCGCUGGCGCGGGGCGGGGACCGUUUUAGCACGUUUAUGGUGUAUCUCGAUGCGGACUGUGAGGGUGGGGGGACGAAUUUUCCGCGGUUGAGGAUGCCGGAUGGGGAGGGGUGGUGUCGGUUUUUGGAGUGCGAGCAGCGGGAUGGGAAGGGGAAGGGGAAGGGAGAGAAGAUGGGUAUCACAUUCAAGCCUAUCAAGGGUAACGCAGUGUUUUGGGAGAAUCUUCGGCAGGAUGGAACGGGGUAUCCGGAGACUUGGCACGCUGCGUUCCCUGUUACAAACGGGACGAAGGUCGGAUUGAACGUUUGGAGUUGGUACCAGCCAAAGCGGAGGAACCGUUCGGGAAGGUGA